GCUGUGCUCUCUCUUACAAUACAUCAGCAGCAAACCUUGACUAAUAGCAAAUAAUAUGUUAUAGGGGCGGAAUUAUUCUACCGAGAGCAGUCGCUGCCCUGUUUCGUGCUGCAAAAUAAUAUGAACUUAAACGCUGCGGUUUAGUUAACCUCCAAUCUACACAGGGUCUGAGUUUUGCUGUUAGCUACCUGCGAGCCGGCUAGCGUGUUAGCUGCAAAGCCGAGAGACCGAGCCACCUGUCACCCUGCGCCGCUCGGUACAGUCUGUUAAUGGCAAAUAAAUAAGACCUCAAGCCGGAGGAGAGGUUUGUUCUUUUUGGUUCAGUAGAAGUGAUUUAACCGGGUAUUCCCGUGCCUAAAUGCCCGAACAAGGCCCCAGGAUGAAUGGGUUUUCUCUCGGCGAACUAUGCUGGCUGUUCUGUUGUCCGCCCUGUCCCAGUCGUAUCGCGGCCAAGCUAGCUUUCCUCCCGCCGGAGCCCACGUACUCGGUCCACACCGAUGCUAACGGGGUAACUAGCUUACAUUUAACCGAACGGGCGGACUGGCAGUACUCCCAGCGAGAGCUCGACGCGGUGGAGGUUUUCACCACCAGAAGCAGCCGUGGUAACCGGGUGGGAUGCAUGUUUGUGCGUUGCGCCCCGAACAGUCGGUACACGCUGCUGUUUUCCCACGGUAACGCCGUGGACCUGGGCCAGAUGUGCAGUUUUUACAUUGGCCUCGGCUCCAGGAUCAACUGCAACGUGUUCUCGUAUGAUUACUCGGGCUACGGAGUCAGCACUGGCAAGCCAUCUGAGAAGAACCUGUAUGCGGACAUCGAAGCGGCCUGGCAGGUCUUGAGGAACAAGUACGGCGUAACACCUGAGAACAUCAUCCUGUACGGUCAGAGCAUUGGCACGGUGCCCACCAUUGACCUGGCUGCUCGCUAUGAAUGCGCUGCGGUCAUCCUGCACUCACCGCUCAUGUCAGGGCUACGGGUCGCCUUUCCUGAUACACGCAAGACCUACUGUUUCGAUGCCUUCCCCAGUAUUGACAAGGUAUCGAAGGUGGCAUCCCCAGUGCUGGUGAUCCACGGUACGGAGGACGAGGUCAUCGACUUCUCUCACGGUCUGGCCAUGUACGAGCGCUGCCCCCGCGCCGUCGAGCCCCUGUGGGUGGAGGGAGCCGGCCACAACGACAUUGAACUGUACGCCCAGUACCUGGAGAGACUCAAGCAGUUCAUCUCCUUCGAGCUUCCCACCUCCUGAGGGGAGCUCAGCCAGCGGGCCAGGGUUCAUCUCAACACACUCACGAAGCCUCCUCCUUAUCAUCUCCCAACUUCCUCUCUUGGCCAAAAGGGGGGCAGGCCUGGAGAAAACUGAUCACACUGUUCUCCCCUGUCCUUGGAGCCACGUCAGGGUGGGAACAUGUAGUGGACUGGAACAGGAGGUGGUUUUUAGAUUGUUGAGGUGCAGCUGAGCGUAAGACCAGUCCCAGCAAGGCGUGCAGCUUUGGCUUAAAAUGUAGUGUCCCUAAAGCCAGGCUGUUGCUCCUACAUGUGGACCCAGUUUGCCAGAUGAGCCCGGGCCUAGAUGGUGUUUGCACUCGCUGCUCAAUCUGGAUUUAUUUUCCCACUCCGGCUCUCAGCCUCCCUCUCUCCUUCCACUGACUCCUGUCUCCCUGUCCACUUUCUAUGUCAGUGUCUCUCACUGUGAGCUUCAGCUUGUCACGUUUCCUUAUUCUUCCCUCUGCUUCUCCCUCCAUCCCUGCUUUCCUUUGGACUGAGAGUCUUUGCAGUGUCCAAGCUUGAUUUUUGUAUUCUUUUAUACCAGGUGAAGAAGUAUCAAUUUUUGCACCUCGAGAUACAAUGGAAGUUUUUUACUUUUUAUGUAUUUUUAAGUUACCAUUCAGGGUUGAUUAAACAGUUGCACUUUUAAUGUGCAGACAUUUUCAGGUAAUGAUUUUUUUUUUUCUGUGUUUGAAGAUGUAUAUGUUGGUUUCUUUUGUUAUUGGCAUUCCAUGUUAGAACUUUUUUUUUUUUUUUUUUUUGUGAGUGUGUUUAAAAGCUUUUAACCAGAGUGCGCCCCUGCACAUCUGGCCUUUGUAGCUGUGAUCUCCAUUGUCCUGGUGCAUGCUACUCUCACAUACAUGGGGAAGGCUGCACCAAACUUCACUGAGAAAUAUAGCAAUUUACGACACUCCUUGCUUUUUGGUACACUCGCACAUAAUUCUGGCAGAAAAUGACUCAAGUCUUUGAAUAUUUCGGAGCCACUGAUAAAUUCAGCACACCAUCAGCAUGAUCAGGACUGACUCCAGUGACGUGCUGACAGUUAGAACUGGUUUUCCUGCUCUCAAUAACUGUACAAAUGGUACACCAUUGCAACACGAUGGUAAAGAGCUGCGUGAACCUGAAUUUAUCAGAGGACCUAAAUGAUUAGCAGAAUACCUCAACAGGUCACAUGAACAUGUGCAUCAAGACUUGUUGCACCUGUAAAUUGUGUCCAACCAGGUGUGUACUGUUGCCGCUAAGCAACGCAGCGAUGAGUAUCCCAGAUGUUGGGGUCACACAGAAGCUUACCUCAAUAGAAGAGAGAGCAGCAGGUAUCAGGGCUGUGCUUUUGUUAACUGGAGAUCAUGUGGUAAACAAGACUUGACAGCUGUUUCAAACAGGAACACUCUUGACUCAGUACUGUAAACUGAAGCCAGGGAGCGUGGCGCUGGGUUUAACAGGGAACUGUGAACCCCGCUCCAUGUCAAGGUGUUUUGAGGUCAGCCUCCUGUUGCCGGGUUUGGGUUGUGUGUUUCAAUUAUCAGUCAUUUCACACUACAGAUAAAGCCUUACGUUUGUACACAUUUCACGGGGGGCUCUCGUGGUCUUCAGGGGGACUGAUAACUGCUGCUAUUCAUCAGAUGAAUCAAUCAGUCGCUCGUGUGAAAGCCAGACAGUUUGGGGAAUACAGAAACGACAGCAUGGUACUAAAACCAAAUCCAGCCCGAUCAUCAUCAUCAUCAUCGUCCCCCCCUUUUUUUGUGUUCCUGCCUGCAGCAGGAGAGGAAUCGGCCUCAUGUCCUCUUUUUAACAGCACUGCUGUCCGCUGAGCCUCCGGACAGGUCGAGAGCAGAGAGCAGAGACAUCAGAGAGAACCACAAAGGGGAAAUAAAAUGUUCUGGAAAUAAGCAGAACGUGCAGACCACCUCUUACAGUCGUAGACAUUUCUACUUGUGUCAACUGUAUUUCAACGAUUUGUUCUUAGCCCCGUACAAAUGAGAGAGGAAAAAAAAAAAAAAAAAAAGAAGUAUAACACUAAAUGACGUUUCAGUCACACUGAGGUAAAACACCAAAAAAAAAUAAGUGAAACACUGUCACACUGAAGAAAAUGCUGAAAACGUGUUGGGGGGGGGGAGAUUAUGUUU